CGCGCGUUGUUGCUGAUGUGCGACUCUGGGGAUUUAAAUCUGACACCAGAUGAGAUUACUAAGCUGAAAAAAGCAUUUAAAGACCCUGAAUUUCAGAAACUAUUCAGAGAAUAUGCGGAAGAAAUAUCAGAUCCUGCUAACAAGAAAAAAUAUGAAGACGAGAUACGGAUGAUGGAAUUAGAGCAAGGGAUGGAUGUAGUAUUUGUCAAUCCUACUCCAGGACACUGUUUGAAAACGCGUCAUUGGCCAAGUGUUCCUCAGUAUCUCGAAAGUGGAAUCACUUUAAAUGCAAAAGAUGAAUCGGCCCAAGAAAGUGUGAAGGUUUUCAUAAAUAUCUGCAAAUCUGACAAAGUGGAAUGUCCAGAAAUUAAACCAAUGAGAAACGAUUCUUCCAGACAAGGAGAGAGUGGUGUUUAUUGGAGUCUUCCUCAUUGCUUCACUCCACCUCGUGAAGAUAUUGACAAAGCGAAAAAGCAUGCAAUGGUUUAUGAUGUGGCAUUCAAUCCAAAAGCGUUCGAGCUAGCUAAGUCAUCCAUUGCUUUGAGAAGAUUGUUAGAUACAACAGCAGUUGAUAGUGUGCAGAAGCAAUAUAAUUUGUGCCUUGGAAAAACAUUCUCACAAGCACAACAGUUAUUUAGUUGCAGAAAAAAUAGGGAAUCAAAGCAUUCUCUAAAUGGGCCAUCUCCUACUGAUUCCGUUGGUGAGGACUGUUUACUCAAGGCUGUUCAUCUCUUAAAAGGUGUGCCCUACAAAGGCGUUUCUAGACCGACAGUAAUCAGACGUCGCCGUUCAGAUUACGAAGAACGCCAAGCUGAGAUAAAAAAACGGGAAGCUGAAGAUUUAAAGUUGUGUAGUUCUGCAGAACAAAAACAAGCAAUCAAGAUGUUAUCCUCUUUUCGUAAUUGUGGUAAUCCUGAGGGUUUAUCCGACGGGGCCAGUAAGAACGAGGGUAAGUUCUUAAACUUCAAAAGCCUUGUUUUGUGGUUGAAGGUUCACUGUUUAUUCGUUCAAAUUGGAGUCCUUUCUUUAGUAAAUUGUUCUUUGACUGCACACUGAGGAAUACAUUAGUGAUUAAGAACCGAGCGCCUGAAUUAGUAGAACGUGAUAUAUGUACAAAUGUGUAUACCGUAUGACCUAGGUCUUUUCAGUUUAUGAUAUGCUAGGUAGCAUGGUGCAUUGACCGAUCUUAUCCAUUGGUGAGUGGUAUAGAGUAGUAUUAAUAACUAUUGAAUGCAUCUGCGUCAUUAUCACUAAUUUAUAGCUGUGUCAGCGGGCUUUCUUGUACUCGUUCUGGAAUCUUUACAAUGAUGGUGGGACUUUCACAGUCAACGGAGUCGAACACUGAUGGUCGUGAGAUUUUGUGGUAGUGUCUCUUUAAGAGGUGUACCAAAAAAGUACAUUAGCCUUGCGCAGGCUCUCCAUUUGAAAACUACUGGUUGAGUCACAACUUAUGGUGAACUGUCAUCGGAAUUUGUUCCUUCAAGUGGUGUUCGUCGGGAUUGUCCACUUUCUCUAUUUUUAUUUAACUUUGACAUGGACAUGCUUUUAGAGAUAACACUCAUCGUUUGACUUUUCAAUUGAUCUUCUACCAGGUGAUUCACUUGACUUAGAAUAUGUAAAUGAUAUAGUUCUGUUUCAUGAAUACACUGAAAAAAUCCAGUCUUCUGACCACCUUAAGGAAAAAUCCAAGCAUGUUUGAAAUGUGGUUGUCUCCCCCAAAUUUAAAAUGUUAAUUCAGGAUUGAUUUGGGUCAUUAUCUCAAUUAGUGAUAGGGAAUGAAGUUAUUGGACGCAUCGACCACUUCACUUAUCUCGGAAUUCUCAUCAGUACUGAUGGUCUGGUGCCUGACGAAAUCUCUGAAUGGAUUUAGAAGGUUCUGUUGGCUUUUGCCAACUUGUGUCACUUGUGGCGUAAGCGAAAUGUCAGUCUGCCAACCAAAGGGCGAGUUUACUGCGCACCAGUUCGUUCCGUUUUACUUUACGGGUGUGAAACUCAUUAGGAAUAGACGAUAUUCAUGGGUUACUGGUAUUUGGUCACAUGUGUAUACGAAGCACUGCUCGUGUAUUUUGGGACCACGGAAUAAACAAUGCAUGGGUUAGGAAUGGAGUAUUAGGUAAUGAUGGAAAAUCGAUUGUCGAGGCAGUAAAUAUUUAUCAUCUGAGGUGGUUUAAGUUUUCUCGAAUCGUAUUUUUGAUGCCUAGUCUUUCAUAUAACCACUGAUAAUCUUAUUACCAUUCUGGGAUUUUACCUGACGAUUUCAUCUCUCUUUGCUAAUGGAGUAUGGCAACUUGAACCGACGUACACAAGUACUAGUUUCCACGUUAUGACUGACUUUCAGGAUAUUUUAAGUGGUCGACGUACUCAAAUAAUUUACUCUCUAUAGCCAACCUAGGCUGAUCAGCUAUGAAGUAGCAUCUUACGUCGUUACUAAAUGUUUUCAGACUUCAAUUCGUUGUAUUAGUCACCAAAACGAGCUAUAUUAUUUAUUGCACUAAUCAGUGAUAUACCUAUUUGAGCAGUCCUUAAAAAAGUGAGAUAAAUAAUAAGCUGCCUUUCGGAACAUGCACUUGAUAACUAUCAGUCUUAAAGUUUAGAAGUUUCUUUGUAAUAUCAACAUGCUGGCUUACAGAGAAGUCUGACUCUCAUUUUCUGUUAACUUCUAAAGAUAUAUACAAUCAAUCUCUCGCGAAUUGAUGCUUAAUAACACUGGGUUUUGUUUUCAUUUUCAAUACUUUGCUACGAUUUGUGAGAUGUUUUUCAAAAGUAUAAUUAGAUGAUGGGUAACUUGAAGGAAUGGUCAGAAGUAAGUUACACAGUUGCUUAAAGUGUUCUGUUCAGCCUUAGGGUUUACGUCACGUUUUUACUUUGUAGUACCCAGAAUCAAUCAGUAUGAGUCCUCAUGAGUCAAUUAUUUACGACUAAAAUUUAAAUUAGUAUUGGGAUUUGUGAAGAUUGUAGUAUUUUCACAGUUGAAAUCACUUAUUGAUCUAUGCUAGACCACUAUUAACAACUAGGAAGCACUGGACGGCUAUUUCUUUCUAAUACGGGCUUCCUUAGCAGUGCGCAUCCACGAUUGAGCACAUGGGACUCGAAGCCAGGAUCUUUCACUGAUUAUUCAUAACAGCAGCUAAUGGCGAAAUAAUUCCUGAACGUUUAUCAUGUUAAUGAUGACUCCCCAAUUGAAAAAUAUCUUGUCUGAGGUUAGUUUUAUUCAUAAAAAAAUUGUUUAUCGCUUCAAAAAGUACUCAGAAGAUGCAAAGCAAAAUUAUCUAAAGAAAUUUACAACAAAUAACUCAUCGUAUAUCUUGUCAUUACCAGUUUUGCUAACCAAUAUCUCUGAUAUGAUAUUUCAAAUAUUUUCAGUUCAAAAUAUAUUAAUUCUUAUAGUCUUAUAUCCAUUAACCUUUACUUUUGGUCUCCGAGUUUUAAUAAUCUUAAAUGUAUAACUUAAGAUUCAAGUAAUUUACCAUAUUCUGAUAUUUACAAAGUUCCUUCCCACUAGGUCGAAGAUUCAGUAAAUAAAGACUUUUAUUAACUAACUGCACGGGUUAAAGGUUAAAGGGCUGGCUUCUUCAUAUUACACCGGUAGACAUUAUCAACAUAGAGUUUGGCACAGAUCUGCUUUGCCCCAAGUUUAUGUACCCAAUUAGCAUGGAGAUAUAAAAAUAACAGAACGUACCAAAAUAAUUUAGUAGCAAUUAUAAGAAGAAAGAUUAAACCUUGGGAAUAUGUGUUGAGAAGACAGAUUGGAAAGACAUGUAUGAAGAGACAAUGUAAUUCAAGAUCGAGAGGAAAAUAAAGAGUGAAUGCGUCUGCGCCUUUGCAAACAAUUUUGAGCCAUGUUACCCAGAGUCUUCAAAUCACUGGUCGCGAUCAUCACACGAACCCUAACCAGGUAGUCUUCAUUUAUCAAUAUGGAUCAUACCAACAGUCAGUGACUUCACCGACUGAUGCCACAUGUUGGUUUAGCCGCCCCUAGAUAAAAACAUAUUUACAUCAUUACUAAACACGCACUGAAAAUCAACACUGAAGUUUCAAAAAUUUAAUAAGCAUAAACUGCCACAAACUAUCUAUGAACGUGAACAAGUUACAUUUUGUGGUGCAGUGUAUAUUUACUAUGUUGUUUCUGUUCUAAUUCUAGAGACUGUCAAAUCGGAUAAAAUAAGUACACCUACUAAACCUGAUUAUUCUAUAACAUACAGUUCAGAUUUUGACCUAAGUAACUGUCGAAAUUCUAAUGAUGUGAAUCCUUUACGUCCACCCGAUCGUUUAAAGAUCAAUGUUAAAUUGCCUGGUUUAAGUUCCUCUUCAUGUGUUGACUUGGAAGUGACAGAAAUGCACAUACAUUUGAGUAGUCGAAAACCAAUUGCAUAUUUGCUUGACCUGAAAUUACCCUAUAAAGUGAAAGAUGCUGAAGGAACAGCAAAAUUUGAUAAAUCUACUCACACUCUAUGUAUUACACUACCGAUUGUUAAAAACGUGGAAUCAACUACUUGUAAGCCUACUGACAGUAGUAUAAAUGGUGAUGAUGAAAAAGUUGUAGAGAACGAAACGAAAUCUGUUGAAUGCAGUUCCACAACAAACACUUCUGAUCUUGAAUCAGUUACAUUAAAUGCAGCAACUCGAAAACGUGCACGUCGAAAACGUCGGAAACAACGAACUAAAGCAAAUAUUGUUACAGAAAGCUCAAUGGAUACUUCAUCUGAUGGUGGAUCUUCAGUUUCAAAAUAUCCUAAUUUUAAUCUACCCGUAUCUUCUGUUGUUGCCGUUGAUAAGUCUGUAACGCAAACAGAAAAGCAAUCUGAGCAGUUAACAAAUACGUAUGAAAAGUUGUGCGAAAAUGAGAAGAACAUAGAAAACGAAAACCAAAUUACAACGUCUCAAUUAUCUACUGUUUUCAGUUCAUCAAAUUCCCCGGGCGUUGAAAUCAAAGUAAACCAGGUUCCAAGUUGUGAAAUGAUUUUGUCCAAAGAUAGGUAAUGAAUCCUAUCUCUGGAGUGGUUUUAAGAAAUAUUUUUUUACGACUAUUAUUAGUAGUAGUAUGGAUGUGAUUACUUUUGUUCGUUAUCUAAGUGAAUAUGGCUUUGGUCGUGAUAAACUAUGUAUAUCCAACCUUCACUCACAUGUACAUGAGGUAAUGUAGUAGUUAAGGCACUAGACUUCCAUCUUUUAAAUUUUAGAUUGUCAGGGUAGUUUACUUUUAAUGAUCUCGAGUGUUUUUAAAGGCCUGUGGGUGAUUUUUAAGCUGCAGAAGGAUACUUAUUCUUGAGGUAUAUCAAAGGGAAACCGGAUCAAUAGUAGUCUUGGUCACUUUAAAGCAUGACCACAGAACCCAGGAGACAACUGCCUGGGACCUGUCAGAAGCGGUAUUUUUGUGAGUAGCUCCGUACUUUCAAGGUCCUAAUUCAGACUAUAGAAAUCCCUUUGACAAGAUGAGAUGUGUUAUUUUGAGGGUCAAACUUUUCUAACCACACCUUUGAUCGUGGUAAAACAGCUCCGUUUCGGAUGCUAGUUGUCCGGGAGAAACAUCUUACUAGCGUCACACUCCAGUUCAAUCAGUAAUACAACUUCGCCCUAUAACCUUAAGUUGUUACUCUUAGUUUUACCGUUCCCUGACCAACCUACCUUGGAUGUUAGGACCUAAACGAAAGAGUGUUUCAACUAAUAUACCGCGAUUGGGUCAUUACGAUACGCAGGUCCGAUCACCUCACCAAGGUAGUAGCUGGUAUGAUGUUUAGAGACACGGACUGCUGAUUUGUAUUGUAUUUAAAACUUCAAGCGUUUCUGACUAAUGUGUCCUAGAUGAUAUGUCAAUAAAUUUUACUCACGCUCAUAACUUUGUUCGGUGCUAAAAUCCAGUUGUUGGAAUCGGUAUUAUUUUCUUAUCUCUUGUUCAGUGAGUUGUUUCUCUAUCGUAUAUACAGUCAACUCAUUAACUCAUUAUACUUUUGAUUAUUAUUUUAUCCCCGUUAUUUAAUUGUAGUUUGUUUUCUUCAAUGAAUCAGUGACUUAGCUCAAUUUUUUCAUCACUCAGAUCUCUUGAACAGUCUAACCAGUUUCUAUGUGUUUUCAACUAGAUUGUAAUGUUAUAAAGUUACUUUUAAGAUGCAUAAAAAUAGUGAAAGCAGUUUAAUGAUCUUUUUAAGCAUUUCAAAUAACUCCAAGUAUCUUAAAGCUUCGAGUAGAGUGUUUUAGUAAAUUAGUCUUUGUACUCGUGUUUACUCGAUAGACUUAUGCUGUUGUUAAACUGUCCUUAAAACUUGUGAGACUUUUUCCAAGAAGAAAGUUCCUUCAUUUUUUGUAGUGUUGAAGAUGAUUGCCAUUAUUCUCACCGAUGUGUCCUCCAUACAGUCACUAAACUAGUCAGAUUGAAUUUACUCAAAUCUUACUCAGCUGCUUUAUACACGCGACAUGCUAUUUCUAGUUAAUGUAGCAUACUGUUUAUUCAAAACUGAUUAUGUGAGCUAAAAGUUAUUAAAUUUAUUCGUCAUUGUUGUACUAAGAAAAUUAAUACCAUCUGUCUAUAAACCGUUAACACGAGCCACGUUAACAGAAAAAAAUUGAAGCGAGUAAAAACUGUGUUGAAAUAACUAGAUUAACUACAUAGAUUUAAUGGUCAUAUGAAAUCACCAUACUUCUAGAUAUGGACAGGCAUCAUUCUUUUCAAGAUAUCAAUGAAGUGAUGAGUAACGUUUAGAUUUUGUUUCUAGAACAGUUUAAAAAAUGAGUCGCUGGAAUAAGCUAUUCUGGCUUGCAAACUGUUUAUGAUGACAUUAUUACGACUAUCAUUUUGCCAUAUUUAAAGCGAUUACGAGUUCACCUAGUCUACGAACGGAACAAAGACUCUGUGACCAAUGACCAAUAAGCUACAUAUUCUGAUGCGUCCCGGUCCCGCUAACUAGACAGAGAAUUCGAAGUUUGGAACGCGGAAGUAUAUUCCGCAAGUAUCCAGAUCCAGAAGCGCGAGUGAUAACAACUGACACAAAUCAAACUUAUAUAUACAGCAUAAAACUGUCCUUUGGAAGCGUUAAAAAAUAGCGAACUAAAAUAUACAACGGACCAAUGGCUUCAAAGAUUCUCCCAAGUGGGAAAUACGACGUGAAGGUGAAAUGAGCGCUUUUGGCGCGGAAACAAAGAAGUUCAAAUUUUCAAAAUAAAAUUACAAAAUUAAGGUAUUUACCAAACGCUUAGCACCAGUUCGUUUUCGACAAGAUCCAUUCUCCUUAACUGUUUUAUUGGAUGUGCGUGGUAUUUUGCCUAAAUCAUUCAUGAUAAAUUGGACUGAUCCUCUGCAUUUCAAAUUACCCGAUAAUACUGAUAUGCCUGAUUCAUCUUCAUCUCAGUUACUUUUACUAAUCACUUUUUCAAGUUGUGGGUCCGGUGGGUUUACUAUGGACUGGGGCAUAGUAUUACAAUGUCCGUCCUCUUCCACAACCAACAAAUAUGAAUAUACACUUAACGGUAUUACAGAUUCAUUUAACUCCUAUGGAGCCAAUGAAUCUUCCCUACGACCACAGAUAAUAUCCUGUCAUAUUUCUCCAACAAAUGGAGUUUUGGUUAUUCGUAAACCUUCGUGUAACUGUGAUAAUCUAUCUAUGAACAAGAAGUUAUUUAGUGAAAUGUUAUCAAGUCGUGCUGUUUGGUGGACAUCAGUUGCAACUGGGCGCACUUUAACAGCUGGUAUGGAAGAGUGUUCAUUCAUUGGAAUGGAAUCGUUCACACCACAUUAUAGACAAAAUAAUUUUCUACUUACCGAUGUUAAUGAAACUUCUGAUAACUGUUAUCGUGAUGGUGUUUUCUCCUCUACUCAACUGACCAAUGAAGUAUCUUCAAUCAAUAAUAGUUUAUCCUCUGAACCAUCAGUCAAUAAUCGGUUACUUCAUAAAAGUUGUACAUUGAAUCAACAAAGUUUAAAGUCUGUAAAUGUCACCUCAUUGUCGGAUAAAUGUUGUUCCAUAGAAUGGGAUCCUACUGUUGAAUUUAUAGGUUCGAAAACCGACUUAAACUGUAACCUUAUGAAAAUAAAUGACUCUUGUUUUAUAUCUAAUCAUCAGUCAAAUUUAAUAAAUCAACAUAUAACUAACGAGAAUAAUAAUGAUAAUUACAUUGUCAGACGUCUCAGGUGUAAUUCAACUCCUGGUAAUCCAGGUCAGACUGGACCAGUAUUAAAGAGUAUUUUGAAACAACGUUCAAUAUCAGAAUCUAGCGGAGAUGAAAUGACUAUUUUAGAAGGUAAUAUUUUGCGUGAUGCCGGUCUGGCUAGUAAUAGAGAGCAUCCUUUAACAUCGGAUGAAUUUCCUACCGCAAGUAGUGAUGAAAAUCACGAUUCAGUACUAUCAAAAUCUGAUUUUCGACGAUGUAUAUCUAGUGAUAAAUUAUCAGGGACAAUAAGUCAAUGUUAUCCUAAUUUGCCUAUAUGUAGACAACGAGUAAGAUCAGUGAGUUUCUGUCAACGUGAUCAACAUGUAGAUUUCUCACCUAGGGAUACAGUAGAAACACUGCAUCAUACAUUGUGCAAUUUGCGGUAAGUAUAAUGUUGUCGUGAAUUUUAAUUAUUAUUCGUUAUUUGGCUGUAACCAAAGUUUAUUAGUAAACUGAUUACUGUUUUGCUUGGAGACAGCCUAGGAAUUUAGAGACUACCAUGAAUCAUUGAGUCGGAGUUUUGAACUUACUCUAUUUGUUUCUUGCUGAGUGACAGGGUAAUUUCAGUAAACGUCAAACGAUAAUUGUGACCAUCUGCUUAUUACAACCACUUGAAUCAAAUUAAUAAGUUUGCGGGGGGUAUUUCAGAGGUUCAGUCAGUCUAAUCUCAACCAUUAGCUUUAUGACUCCAGUUAUUCUCUUGUUCAAUAUGGUGCGAGUUUUCAGAUUUCGCUAAUAGUCAUUACGGAAUACACUUUUAUGAACCCAAAAUUUUCCUACUAGAAGACGUUAUCAAUAGUAAACAACAAAGGUAAACUUAGCAUUUGGACUCGGUGAUAGUCAAAAUGUUUUUCGCAUCUAACUGUACCACUAGUAAGACUAGGCUACUUUAAACUAACUGUGAAGCAUGUAAAACAUGGAGCAAUACUAUACAGUUCUCCGAAACCCCCAUGACGUUUGAUGAAAUACUUAAAAAGGCGGUUCUUAGUUCCUCUUACGCCUACUUCAUUUUGGAAUCGUAGUUAGUAUUUUGUACUUCUGAAAUGGGAUGUCCGAAUUAAAAUCGUACGCACAAACCUCAAACUGCUUAAUUAGUUGUCUUUCCCCAUUUUAAGGAAAAUAUGUGAUUCUUAGUUGACAUUGACAUGUAAUUUCGUGAGACUCGUCACUCUUUUUGUUGUUGUUUAGACGUUUCUUAAUGGAAACAGACGUCAGGCUAUCAGAUAUUGUUUAAUGUUGUUAGGAUACUAUGCUGAAAUGUAACAGAAAUUGUAGCACUAAUUUAUUUACCACAAGAGUGGUUGAAUAAAAAUGUUUAAUAAAACUUAUGAAAAAAAGGUAUUUAUACUCGGAUUCGGUUCAGUUGUUUAUUAUUGAAUUCAUCUGAUCCGGCAUACACUUUUUGCUAACUGUCCAUGCGUCCAUUCUUAUUUUUUAGUGUUUUUUUUUCUUUACUACAAUUCUGAGCAAUAAUGUGUAGCAUUUAGCUUUUCCUCAUUAACCUGACCGUAGCUGCUAUCUUGACGCGGUGGUCGGGCUUUCCUAUCGUGAUGACCCAACCGAGCUAUAUUGGCUGGAACACAUGUUCCUGUAUGUUCUACCAUGCUAGGCAGGUCGAUUGGAGGACGGUGAGACUAAAAGCAGCAACUCAAGAUCUAAGGGCGAAGUCGUACUGCUGACUGUAGAGGGGUGUGACAGCAGUGAGGUGUUUCCCUUGGAUAACCAGCAUCUGCAGCGAUGCUGCCUUCUCACAAGGAAGGAAGGAGUUAGAAAAGUUCGACCCUAAAAAUGUCACACCUCACUUUACCUCACGGAUUUCCGUCUCCGGCGGUAAGGCCCUUUGAAGAACGGAGCUAACAGGUUAAACACUUCCCACAAAAAGGCCGUGUGCGUCCAGCCUCAAGCAGUUGUCCCUUGGGCUCUGUGGCCACGCUCCCAGGUCAUUAAGACCAACACUAAUCUGACUUCACUUUCAACGUCCUCAAGAAAUACCCUACCACGGUGUGGGCAGCUGGGAAUCGACAUCAGCCCUCAUACCCGUAGCAGCACACGAGACCAAGUUGGUCAUAAUCAAAUUCUUCCUACACAUCUUAAUAACUCUCUUAUCUCCACUACUAGCCCUUCUCACGUUCCUUUAUCACCUCGCGCCGCUAUUGCAAACAAUUCGAGUACGUGGAACGUUAUUCCCGGUCUCCUGAAAUCAUGCUCCAAACUUCAUGUAGGAGCUUUUAACGUCCGAACACUGUGCCAAAUUGGACGAUAGGUUUCCUUAGAUAGGACUUUAGAAUCUCGCGUCAUUGAUGUGUGUUGCGUCUCCGAAACGCACAUACAGGAUCCGAGUAGUGUCAUUUAUCUGACCUCACCACAUCAAAAUAAAGCGCCAUAUCGAUUCACGCCUCGUGUAUCCAGAAUUCCUGAUGCUGCUUCUACUCAAACACAACUGGUCGAGUGAAAGCUUAUAGCGAACUAUCGUCAGAAUUGAUUACAUCAAAUGGUGUUCGUCAGAGCUCCCCAUUCUUGUUUAACUUUGUCGUUGAUGUGCUUUUAAAGAUGACACUUUCCUCAUCUAAAUUUCCAGGGGUCGAACUUCUACCGGUAGAUUCACUUGUUGACUUAGAAUAUGCCGAUGACAUAGUUCUAUUUGGUGAAGACGCUGACAAAAUGCAGAGCCUUCUGACCACUAUAAGCAACAAUGCAAGCAUGUUCGGGAUGCGAUUCUUCCCCUCAAAAUGCAAAAUUUUACUUCAGGAUUGGGUUGCAAUGAUAGGGAGUGAAGUAGUUUAGCGUGUCGACCGCUUCACUUAUCUUGGAAGUUUCAUCAGACUUUGUUGUCUGGUAUGUGACGAAAUCUCAGCACGAAUACAGGAGGCUCAACUAGCUUUUGCCAACUCGCAUCAUUUAUGGCGUAGGCGAGAUAUCCGUUUACCAACCAAAGGACGUGUUUACUGCGCAGCAGUUCGUUCGUCCUACUUUAUGGCAGUGAAACGUGGCCGAUAAGAGUAGAAGAUAUUCGUAAGUUACUAAUUUUCGUCUCUUCCUCGGUCGGAUAAGACUAGACAAACGGUUUUACUGAUUUUCCUCAUCCUUUGUUCGUUUUCCUUCACCUCCUUUUGUAUGUAUUCUCCACUGUCAGAUCUUCCGCACACUUAACACGACUUCAAUGAUCGUUUCUGUAAUGCCUAUUCUCUCGUUUUCUGACGCACUUCUUGUAUUGAAUCCUUGGUUGAAAGUUUUGCCAUUUCUGUCACUUCCAGUAUGUCUGUCAUCUUACUGUCAGUUCGUAUUUUCUGCUUUCUGUAAGUAGUUAUGUAAUCUAUUUGAUUGUUAUCAUUGACUCAUAAACUGAUUUGAUUGCUUUUGGUAGUUUUCAUAAAUGGAGGUAGAUAUUAUUGUAUUUUAAGGUAAAGCCCGAUAUGACAGUCUAAUUGAAAGCAAUAAUGUUCACUUAUAUAUGUUGUGAUGGUUUUCACGAUCGGAACUUCUAAUAUUUAUAAUGUGUUCGUACUUUAAAAGAUCAUUCGUUGUGGAGGAUGUUACCUUUUUUAUCGAUAAUUCGUUUCACAGGAAAAAUCUCCGCAAACGUGAUGCUCGCCGUCAUCGUGCAAGUGGUGGAAAUUCAAAACAAUCAGAAAAUGGCAAAAACGCGCCUUCUAAAACGAGUGUUGAUAUUAAUACUCCUACACUUAGUACAUACAUAUCUUCAAACGGUUCAUUGUCUUCGUCGAUUGAAGUUGACCAUUGCAGCAAGAAUUCCAGUAAGUUUAUUCGACCAUAUAGUGGUCAAAAAUAUUUCGACAGCUUCCUACACAGCAUUUUAAUUAAUAACUCUUCAUACUCUCACAGUUAUACUUAUUCUCUUCCUCCGACAGGUUGCUUGGUUUCGGAACAAAACAAUCCUAAUUCAACCGAAUCUAUUCGUACAAGUACAUUUCACGAUUCCUUCACUCUUCAUGAAUCAAAAACUAAUAUCCCUGUACAUUCUCGUUCUGAUUCUGAUCGUGAGAACUUACCUAUUUUACAUUCCGAAUCCAACCACUCGCAGUCAUCAAGUUCCAAAGUUAUUUCAAAAUGUGAUGAGGAAACGUCCGAAACUGUUCCCAAACACCCUGAAACUAUCGAUGCUGAUGGUAUAACAAAUAGUAACUUUUCAGCUGUUCACUUAACUGCAUCACCAAUUUUAGAGUUAGAUGAAGAAUGAAUUUUUUGUGUAAACUCUUUGAAUUUAUUUCUUAAAUAACGCAUUUGGGUUAAUUUAAUAGGAUUGAGUUUGACUCAUAUAAUAAGAACCCUUUAAGCGUUAUUUCAUAUUGUCUUCGUGGGCGUUUGUUUAUUGUAUGCACUUUAUCUACCCUGAAUUUCUACAGUCUUAUUCUUUAUGCAUGUUUACAUCUACCGAAGUGCUAACUUUUGACAUGUAGUGAAAAUCAUCCACCAAACAUUUUCUGUCGUGUGGAAGUAUUAUUAAAGAGAAGAAAAUUUGUCGCAAAAUGUGAAUCCCAUCGAAAGAAGCCGAUAAAGGUUGGGCUUUAUACUUCAUGAUGGUGCCUUAAACUAGAACAAUUUAUUGCCGAACUGGGUUUACAUCUCUUCAACAUCGGUAGAUUAAACUGAGUGGCUCUGAUCGCUCAAGAGUUGGGGCGAGACCACUAGGAUUGUCAGAGUCUAUCGCGAACUUUAAAAAGUUGAUGUUUCAAAGCGGCUCCACUGUCUAGAUUAGUUAGUCGUACCUCUGUUCCUGAUAGAAUAGUCAAGAUAUCAGCCAUUGUUAAUACAAAGGGCAAGUUGACUGUUUUAGACUUGCGUUCAAUGAAAUUUCCUAUGAAAUUCAACCUGCGAUCAAAGAAUACGUUAGACAUCAGUGGCAGAGGUGCCCAGUCUCGGCAUUUUUGCACCUCGCAUAACUACCAGGAGUCGAUAAUUGUCCGGACUCUAAGCAUGGUUUAAUAUCACCUCGCUACAUGCAGAAGUAUCUCCGUUCACAGCGUAACGUACUAAUACUGUGCACAAAGCGUGUUUAAGUACAUCCGAUUUAUAACGGACGAUGGUAGAGGGUUUCGUGAGUAGGAAAGCAAAUUCGAGAGAACAAUGCAAACGCGAACAUCUAUACUGAUAAUAGUUGUGGAAAGCUUCGGUUGAGGAAGUGUGGCUAAAAUAAUGUGACUUAUAACGUUCACUUGGUAUGCGAGUGACAGAAGGC